AAGAGUGGCUUUCAUUCACCACCGGUGAGUUUUGAAAGAACAGAGUGCAUUUGCUUGUGAGAAGAAGAGAGAGGCUAAGAUGAUUGCUGAGGCUGUUGUUUCCUCUGUCAUAGAAAAACUUGGAGAUCUCCUUAUCCAUGAAGGAUUCUUUCUCCGGGAAGUAUGUGGUGAGGUCGAGUGGGUUCAAAAAGAACUGACGUGGAUGCAGGCUUUUUUAAAAGAUGCAGAGACGAAACAAAACGAUGCAAGGGUGAAGAAAUGGGUAGAAGAUGUUAGAGACAUUGCUUACAAAGCAGAGGACAUCAUCGACGAAUUCAUCUUUAAAAUAGAACAAAAGAGAAGAGGUUUUCUUGGUCCUAUCAAGAAGACGUUUGCUCGGCAUCAGCUAGGCAAGGAGAUCGAAAAGAUAAAGAACCAACUCGAUGAAAUCUCUAAGAGAAGAUCGAAUUAUGGCAUUAAAGAUCUCUGUCAAGGUGGAGAAGGAAGUAGUUCCAUGAGUGAAAGUUUGCGAGAGCAGAGGCGAACCUCUCAUCUAUAUGAACAAACGGAACUCAUUGGUUUUCAAGAAGAUAUAAGGACCUUGGUGGCAAGGUUGAGCGAGGGCGAUCGACGACGAUGUGUGAUUUCUAUAGUCGGAAUGGGUGGUCUUGGCAAGACUACUCUUGCAAAGAAAGUUUAUAAUCAUGACGCUGUUAAGAAGCAUUUCAAUUGUUGCGCAUGGAUAUAUGUAUCUCAAGAAUAUAAUGUGAAGGAUCUUUUGCUGAGUAUUAUGAGAUGCUUUAUGAUUCCCACUGAAGACCCGAACGUCGAUCAGCUGAGGGUGAAGCUUUUCGAGCAUUUGAUGGUGAGGAGAUAUUUUGUAGUGGUAGAUGAUAUCUGGAAGACAGAAGCAUGGGAUGCUUUAGCAGCUACUUUUCCCGACACGAAUAACGGAAGUCGAAUCCUGCUUACCACUCGUAACAAAGACAUAGCUACAGAUGCAGAUGCACGAUGCCGUCCUCAUGAGCUGCAACUUUUAAGAGAAGAUGAGAGCUGGGAAUUAUUUAAUAAGAAAGUGUUCUUCCAAGAAGAUUCCCAUUGCCCUCAAUAUCUAGAAGGGUUAGGAAGACAGAUCGUGGCAAAGUGCCAUGGUUUGCCUCUUGCGGUUGUUGUUAUUUCGGGCUUAUUAUCAAGGAAACCAGGGCUUUUAAGUGAAUGGGAGAAAGUACUCAAAAGCAUUAGCUGGCAAUUUGUUGAAGGCGAUGCAAAUAUCUCUCCAAUAUUAGCUCUAAGCUAUGAAGAUCUACCCUAUCACCUGAAGUCAUGCUUUCUCUAUCUUGUGGCUUUUCCAGAAAACUACGAAAUCUCCGUGGAGGAGUUGAUUUGGUUCUGGGUUGCAGAAGGAUUUGUACAUGCAAGAGGGGCUGAGACAUUGGAGGAAGUCGCAGAAGAUUGUGUGCAAGAACUAAUCCAAAGAAGCCUAAUUCAAGUGGUGAAAAAAAGUUUCAUCGGCACAAUUAAAAGCUGUCGCAUCCAUGAUCUACUACGCGAUCUCUCGAUCUCAAAAGCAAAGGAAGAAAAUUUUCUCCACAGGGACACAGACCCUCUCUUCAUGUAAAGCACGUCGACUUUCUAUGCAACAUAGUAUUGGUGAGUACACUUCCUUAAAGCUAUCCACUCCAUGCGUUCGUUCUAUCUUGUGCUUCAGCUUACACAAAGAAAUACUUGAAAAGAAUCAGCAAAAGUUUCUUUUUGAGAGCUUUCAUUUACUCAGGGUUUUACAUCUACACCGAAUAGGGGUAAAAGAGUUUCCAGAUGAAAUAGGUACACUUGUGCACUUGAGAUACCUUGGCAUUACUGGACACGAUACGAAUCUUGAGACACUCCCAUCGUCGAUUGCCAAUCUUUGCAAUUUACAAACACUAGAGAUCGAAUCUAAUGAGAUCUGCAUACCUAGUGAUAUUUGGAAGAUGCAACAAUUAAGGCAUGUAAGCGUAAAGAAUCGAUUUAGGUGUAAAGGAUGUAAUGCAGGUGGGCUGACCGGGAACAAACUCAGUUUUUCAAGCAACCUACAAACUCUAAGAACUAUUUGUGCAGGCGACUGGAUAAAAGAUUGCUUGGGAGAGCUGGUUAAUCUUAGGAAACUAGUAAUAGAGGAAGUUAAUUUAAGUAGGCAUGGAAAGGGAUUGUUUGACUCUAUUCCUAAAUUGGACCACCUCCAGUCUUUGAGUUUACGUGGUGAUAUUCUAAAUAUUGCAAGCCUAUUUCCGGCAAUUUCAAAUCGGCUGCAUCUGAAUAAGCUGCAUUUAUGGGGAAGGUUAGAGAGGCUACCGGAAACUAAUGAAUUCUCACCAAAUCUCACUAGGCUUACCUUGCAGGCUUCUUUCUUAGUGCAAGACCCGAUGAUGACACUAGAGAAACUACCAAACCUUCAGAUUCUCAAAAUGAAGUUGUUUGCAUACAAGGGAAAGGAAAUGGUCUGCUCUGCGCAAGGGUUUCCUCGACUUCAGUCCUUGACAGUUGCUAGCUUUAAUAAUUUAGAGCGGUGGAUAGUUGAGGAAGGAGCAAUGCCGAGUCUUUUACAUUUACAUAUUUUCAAAUGCCUACAAAUGAAGAUGCUUCCAGAAGGAUUGGAGCAUGUAACUGCACUCAGGAAUUUGGAGCUAAUUUCUAUGCCUCAGAGUUUAAUCAAUGGGCUUGGUGUAGGGGGAGUGGAUUGGCAUAAGAUUCAACACUUACCCUCCAUCGACAUUAAGUAUACUCAGUGAAAGGCAGAGAUCAUAGCUAAUAUAUGCUCGAGCAACAUAUGUAGAAGCUAUUGUUUAAUGAGGAACACCUUCCACUGAAAUAUGCUGAAGCUGUUUCUGAAGAUAAAUAUUGAUAUGGAGAAAUUUUAUUUGUUGUGGAGACUGGCAAUCAAAGACAGGCUUUCAUUCUUUGUUGAAGAUAGAUUCAGGAUAUCUCCAAAGUAAAGCAGAUGUGUUGAGAUUGGAAAGUCUCAAGCUUGUGCAACCCAACUCCCCUACAAGCCAACACAGGCCCAGAUGGAAGAGAUGUGCAAGAUCCAAGCUGUCCAUUAGGUGGGUCCCUACUUGUUGAUGCCACAGCUCAAAAAUCAGGCGAGUCUACUCCUUGGAGGGUCACCAAAAGCGAGGGACCCACUCCCUACGAAUUCUGUGCAGCAAGACCCAUUUAGGAGUUUCUCUGUUCUAAGCACAUCAUAUGUCUUCACAAGCUCGGAAGAUGCUUCUAUCAAACAGAAUCUUAGCAAUAGGGAGCCUGCUGAGACUACUUGGUGGAGAUCACCUGCAACGCAGGGUUGUGGCGUUUGAGGGAGCUAUUCUUCUCAUUACAUCUCCUGUGAUUUCAUGCUUCUCGGUUAGAGCUGAAGACAUUCCUUACCUUUUAUGUGAUUGAUGAUUGCAUCAUGUUGCAUUUGCACCAUCAGGUUUGUUCAUUUAGAACUUGCUCCAUGCUGAUCAGUUACUGGAAUGAUAUCUUUUGGAGGAUUUUUAGCAUUGUUAUAUUUCCAAGUUUAAGUCAUCUUGUCUUAAUUUCAUAUGAUUAGAUGCUGGUAGUGGGAGGAAUGCUAAUACUGGAAAGGAUAAUGAAGUCAAUCAAAGCACAGGCAGAGACCUUACAUCCACUUCUUCACCAGUCUUGCAGGACAGAGAAAAUAAUGCAACCAUUACAACAUGAGUUUAGAUGACAAAAAAAUCAAUGUGAGCCUAAUGGACAGAAACAGUUUUCAACGGUGAACGUCUUUAGGACCACCAUUUCCCGUGGUGCUGUCCACUUGAGCUUUGGAUCUGCCUCAUUUUUAGACUCCUGCACUAAAAUGAGCUGGCUAAAGGUUUGGAUGGCAUAGAUAAGCCACAUACAUCACAAUGGGCCCCACAGUUUUUUCCUUUCUGCCCAAGUUUGGAGUUCAAAAGGCGUGCCGUCAAUGUUGUAUGAGGAUGCUUCUGCAAUUAUGGAUUAAGGAAAAGCACAAGAUGUGAUCUUUUACUCAUAUCAAAGAUAUUAUCAACAGUUUUGCUGCCAAUCAUGAAGAGGAAGAAGUAAUGGGAAUCUGAAAUCAUCUGGAUGUUAUAUCGGUUUUCUUAAAUAUCAGUCGUGGUAGAGUUCCGGCUGAAUUGAUUUGGCAAAGAACGAGAUUUGGGGAAUACACGUCACUCAGCAAACUCGACACUGGUGCAGCACGCGGUGGUUUCUGAGCAUCCCCAACUCUACAAAGGAAAUUAUCCACAUCAUCCAUGGUCACCUGAGAAAGAAUCAAUCUCCUGACCAGAGAGGAAGUGAUCUACAUAUAGUAAAAUAAAAUGCACUAAGAACAUCUAUUGUGCCGGUUCAUGUUAGGAUGUUUUGAAUGGGUGACACCCAAGAAAUCUUGCUUGACAGGAGAAUGCACCCUUUGAUCA